AUGGGACAAGACAGGGGCAUUUCUCUCCCUGGUGCAGGUGUUCACCGCCAGGUCCUCUUCACUACUGUGGGCUGGUUUGUUGGCUAUUACCUCGUGAAACGUACAGAGUACAUCCAUGCCAAACUGGACAGGGAGUUGUUUGAGUAUGUCAGGCAUCAUCCAGAGGAUUUCAAAAAAGCAGAGAAGAGGAGGAUAGGGGAGCUUCUGGAGGAUUUCUACCCAGUUCGCUGA